AUGCAACAAGGCCUUGCCAGGUUACUUGGUGUCAUUAAUUAUAAUAAUCACCCUAAAAGUCUGCCUGAAGCUAUUACCUACCUGCUGGAUACAGUGAAGCCUGCGGCAAAGGCUAAUAUCGAGACCCGGCGCAGCUGUUUUGAGGCCAUUCCCCAGAUUCUGACCCUAAUUUCACCCCAGCUUUCUUCACUCCUGUCAAGUGAUGCUUUCAACUCGCUUCUCGACGCCAUGCUAGCUGGACUGGAUGAUUAUACCCUUGAUGAGCGGGGUGAUGUGGGCUCGUGGGUGAGGAUCGCGUGCAUCCAGGGUCUGACGAGGAUCGCCGAACUUCUGUUCGGCGUCGCUGGAUCUUUACCCGACUUCGAAAGCUAUUUUGCGCCCGGGAAGUAUCACGCUGUUGCCACUGGCCUCCUCAAGCAGGGUGUCGAGAGGCUCGAUAAUGUGCGGCAAACUGCGGGUACAAGCAUUGUGAGGCUUCUGAAUGCCCCUUUGCCUCUGGUCGAGCGACCGGAGAGGUGGCGUUUGCCUGGGCUGGAUUUGAUGAAUACAUUAUUCCAAAACGCUUCUGAUCAGAGUGGAUGGAACGACGGAAAUUGGCUAUUCCCUCGCGCCAUGUCCUUGUUAGAAGUGCCCCAGUAUCGUAAAGACGUGCUUUCCGGCAUUGUCAUUAGCAUCGGGAGUAAAACAGACAGCACGCAAAAACCUGUUGCCAACAGCCUGGUGAAAUACGCACAAGAAAUACCACUCGUCAGCAAUCCUGGCACAGGAUACAGCCUUUUGGAAUUGGUGUCUGACCUGAUUAACCAUGCAAAAGCGAAUAUGACUUCGAACGCCAUUGUGGUGCCUGUCUUCCAAACUUUUACGAUCUUGCUCGAGGCGGACGUCCUACGGGAGGUUCCCAAUGAACCAUCAGGGCUACAAAGUCUCAAAACUUUAGUGCAUAUGACAACAAAGAACGUUGAUAAACUGAAGAGCGUCCAGCGCAUCCACGAAUCUAUGAAGAUUUUCGUUAAUUUGCUUUCCUUUGAAGAAAUCAGAAACGAGAAAUUAUCGCUUCUUAGUGACUUCCUUGCGCAUCCAUUCCCAAAGGCAAACUCCGCAGAGUAUCUUUAUGUCCUUCUGCAAAGUGCGGACUUUGGUAUCGAGACCGAUGCGAUCGAGGACAUUCUUCUUGAGACUGAAUGGGCCACGGGUGAUAAAGAAGUUGCAACUGAGGCUGCAAAGGAGGUUAUACAGCUCUUCACAUCGUAG